AUGCAUAGUACUGUAGAGCUUGCACUGAUUCGUCAGAAUCUGAGAAAAUCUAGUUUACAUCGUGAAUUUCAAACAAAAUCGAAAAAUGAAUUAUCACCUGUGAACAACGAUCGUGUUAUUAAUAUGGUUGCUUGUCUUGAGCUAGAACAUAUUCCAUCUCAGACAUUUAUUGUUCUUCUUGGAACUCAUCUUAAAUCUAAACAGCCGUUUGCUAAAGAUCGUUCAGAACAAACAAAUGUCAUCUGUCAAUUUAUUAAUGAACAUUAUUCAAAACAUUCACACAUUCUUCUUUUGGGUGACUUCAACGGCGAGCCAAUUGAACCAUUUUAUAAUCAAAUAUUAUCCACUGGAUUAUUAAGUGCAUAUAACACAUUAUUAGAUCAUGAACCAGAGUUUACAACAUUCAAAUUUAGACCGGGAUACAACGAAAAUGAUGAAAAAGAAUCAUGUCAUACUAUUGAUUAUAUUUUCUAUAAUCCACAGGGUUUUCAUCCAUUAUCUUACUUAUCAAUUCCAAGCAAAACUGAAAUUGGAGUUAAUGGUUUACCUUCCUAUGAAUAUCCGUCAGAUCACUUAGCUCUAGCUACAAAGUUUUUGAUAAUUUAA